GCACCCGCUGAGCUGCCAAUGGGAAGGUGGAACAACAGGUAGGCGUCCUCUAACUGUGUCUCUCAGAUCAGUCGGUGCGCUUUUUGGGGGAAACGAGUGGACCGACCAGACCACGAGCCCUCUUGGAAAUUUAACCUGAGGCCGGAACUUCGCCGGUGGUUUGUUAAUUGUCCGAAACAGUUGCGUUUGAGAGUAGGCGAGCUGGGUUUUUUUCUUGCUCUGACAGUUGGGCGUUUUUUUGGCUGGGAAACACCACAGAGAGCUGGUUUGAAAUGUUUUCUGAUUAACUGAUUGGAUGUCUCUCUUUGGAAAAAUCACAUCAGCAGCGGGUGCAUCUUAAUUUGGAUACACUGUUGAAGCUGCUAUAUUGUCUCCACCACUAAAGACGGGCUGAGACACAGCUGAUCCAAAGAGGUCAGACGCUCCCUGACACAGAUCCUCUGCAGGGAGGGGGUGGGGGUGGGGUGGGCGACAUGGAGGUCCUACGGAGGUCUUCUGUGUUUGCAGCAGAGGUCCUGGAUGUGUUUGACCGGUCGUUGACCGAGAAGGAGCUGGUGUCCCAGUCCAAAGCCUUGUGCAGAGACUACAUUCUGUCCAGACUCAACCAGAACGGGCUGGGAUGGUCCAAAACUGAGCUCAACCUCUCUCCCUCGAACGCAGCACUUGCUGAGGUGUCCUCGGUGCUUCUCUGUCUCGGCGACGAGCUGGAGUGUAUACAGCCCAGUUUGUUCAGGAACGUGGCGCGGCAGCUCAACGUCUCUGUUGCCAUGGAGAACAUGGUUUCGGAUGCCUUCAUCGGCGUGGCAACAGAGAUCUUUUCAACAGGUAUAACAUGGGGCAAGGUGGUAGCCAUGUAUGCGGUAGCUGGAGCCCUGGCAGUGGACUGUGUCCGACAAGGACAUCCAACAACUGUUCACAUUGUGGUGGACAGUCUGGGACAGUUUGUCCGCAAGUUCCUGGUUCCCUGGCUGAAGAGACGGGGAGGAUGGGCGGAGAUCACGAAAUGUGUGAUAAAGAAGGAUCUGACCCCUGAACAUCACUGGCUGUCCUCUGUCGUCGAGUCCCUGAAGUACUUCCUCACCACGAUGUAUGUCUACAUCAUGAAGGAGCCGUGAGCGGCCGAGACAGGGAGCGCGCGGCAGUCAUUGUGGUUGUCUGAUAGGAGAUUGAAAAUCUCAGCCUUGUCAAUAAAAAGCUGGAGUUGGGAGAUGGCGAAGGAGACUUGCCAGCAGAUAUCAGUCUGUUGCUGAGGGGCCAUCGGUAAAUGUUUCAUCAGCAUCAUGUUUGUGUAAUCUCGGUGUCAGAUGAGUCUUUAAGUUGAUUACCCUUCAUCCAAAGAGUAGUCAUCGUGAUGCUUAAGAGCAUAAAUGGCAAUGGAACAAGUUUGUGUCACUCCACCUCUUGUGUAUAUGUUCACACUGCUUACACCGGUGCAGUAAAACCAGGCUUCUCCAGUGUUGUAACUGUAAUGUGUGAUGGUGUUCAGAGUGAAUGUGAGCUGUGUUCAUACUCCUGGGAUUAAUGGUCUGAUGUUUAGAUGUGAUGUCUGUCUCAGAAUAUUUACCUACAGGAGUGAUGAGAAGGUGGAAGCUUUAUGUUGUAAUGAAAAUUCCUGCUCAGCUGGCUGGGUCUUUGAGUUUUACUGAGUCUGGGAAGGACCGGGAUCCUGAAGCAAAGGUGUUUCACCCGGGAGAGCAAUAUCAGGUGGUUUCAACUGCUUACACUUAAUGGGUUUAAUCUACACUAUUGUACUUAACCAAAGCACAGAGUGUCUCUUUCCUAAUAUAAUCCAAAAUGUUGUGACCUACUAAACUUCCUGCUGCAAUGUUUGACACGAUUAAUUGAGAAACAUUGGGUCUUAUUGGGCCCAUUUUAUGGCCAAAGAACUUAAGGACAGAGGAAUGGUACAUACUGAAUGCACAUAUUUUUGAUGGUAUGAAUUCCCUUUUUAAUCUGUAAAUAGUUUAUUUAUGAUUUUAUUUUUUUAUUUCAAUUAUGACCGCUGCAGUAUAAAGAGAGCCAACACGACAGCUCUUUGGGAUGAUUGUGUGGUAUGAUGGUUGUCACUUUCACAGUGUUAAUUUAUGAACGUGUCUGAAUGUUUUUUUAAAUCCACAAUAAACUUUAAUCUUCACACAUGGA